AUGAGCUCCCAAUUGACCGUUGGAAUUGUUGGAACCGGUCUUUUCGCAAAAGGAUCGCAUCUUCCUGCUUAUCAGGCCAUGUCUGAUAAGUUUAAACCUGCUGCAGCCUUCAACAGGACCAAGAGCAAAGCUGAAGCUUUUGCCGAGGAUGCCGGUAUCCCUAAGGACAAAGUAUACGAUAAUCUAGACGAGAUUUUGGCUGAUGACUCUAUUGACUUCAUUGACGCUUUGCUGCCGGUACAGUUCAAUGCCCAAACAGUUGAAAAGUGUGUGGCAGCCAACAAACCAGUAAUUUUGGAAAAGCCAAUCUCUGCCACAAUUGCAGGGGCCAGGGAGCUGGUAAAAAUUGCCGAAUCAACAGAUGUGCCCGUGGCCAUCGCAGAAAACUGGCUGUACUUGAACUCGGCAAUCGAACUCAAGAAACAUCUAGCAGACAUUGGGCCGGUGACAGCUUUCACUUACAAUUCGACCGGACCCUUUAUAACGAAUAACAAAUACUUGGCCACUACCUGGAGGCAGAAGCCAGAACAUAUUGGAGGCUUUUUGUCUGAUGGUGGAGUUCAUCAACUUGCGCUUUUGACUGAGGUUUUGGGUGAGAUAGGAUCUGUAAGUGCGCUCACAAAACAAGUACGCAAAGAGUCGGGCACUGAUGACGUCGUAUUUUCCACAGUUAAGAUGAAAGAGGACGAUGUAAUUGGUACCUUUACUUACGGCUCUGCAUUUGGAUCUUGUGAGAAGUGGACAUACUUCAAAUUGUAUGGUUUGAAUGGUUCUGUAACUCUAAAUCUCUCUGACAAGAAAAAGCCAUCCAUCACCAAAAUCGUGGGUGAUUCUGCUGAGACCUCUGGAGAACCCCAAACGAUUCCUAUCGGUGAACUAGACUCCUUCGGAGUUAAUGAGGAGUUCUUGAAUUUUUACGAGGCAGUAGUGAAGAAAGACAAGACCCUCAUUAAGGGAACUCCAAGAAUUGCUUUCCAUCACCUUGCGUGUGUCGCAGCGUUCCUUGAAUCUUCAUCCAAGAAAGGUGACAAUGUUACUGUCGAGCAACCAUGA